CAGUACAUAGUUAUCGUUUUAAAAGCUCAGAAAAGCUUUGUUAUGAAACAAUUUUGGACGCAACAAGGUGAUAAUCGCGCGCCUUGGUGCUUGCUGCCCUUGCUGGAAAGCGAUAAAAGUGCCCCUCCCCUCACUCCAAUAGUUCCACGCCUUCAAAAACAACACUGCUCGUUGCAGAGAGCAGGCAGCUGGCAAUUUUCCGCUGUCACCCAUAAUUAACACCUUAGGCACGACUUUUCCACUAUUUAUCCACAUCAUGAUAUUCUUGUUAAGAAUCUGAAACACUCGCUGGAACUAACCUGAUGCGUGCGACAGGCGGACCGAAACGACUGAUGCUUCCGUCUUAUGCUAAUACUACUGAUAGCGAGUGUGAAAACAAUCCAGCCUCACUAUGACAUGGUGGUUGAGUAAGCUUCGGCUAACUCUGAGGAGCGCUAUGUUUUGGUGGACUGCCAUUAAAACGGGCCUGCUUAUUCUUGUAUACUAUGCGUUCUCCAUUGGCCUUACCUUUUACCAGAAUAAUUUACUUCAAGCAUUUCACUACCCUUUGACUGUCACCUUAUGCCACUUUUUGAUCAAAUUUCUCUUGGCUUGGCUGUGCCGAGCUGUUUAUGGAAUGUUUACCACCAGAGAGAGGCCUUUGCUUGAGUGGAAAAGCUAUGUGACUCAAGUGUUGCCAGCAGGCGCUGCAAGCGGCCUGGACAUCGGCCUCUCAAACUGGGGGCUAGAACUAGUUACAGUAUCUCUGUACACAAUGACUAAAUCAACAUCAGUAAUUUUCAUCCUUGGGUUUGCUUUGCUCUUCAAACUUGAGAAGAAGUCCUGGUCACUGCUGGUGAUAGUGUUCUUGAUCUCCACUGGACUGAUUAUGUUCACUUACAAGUCAACUCAGUUCAACGCUAUUGGAUUCCUGCUGGUCAUGAGUGCCUCACUGAUCAGCGGUCUGCGUUGGACUCUGGCGCAGAUGAUGAUGCACAAAAGCAAACUGGGCCUGGGCAACCCCAUCGAUAUGAUUUACCACAUGCAGCCAUGGAUGGCUGUGACCCUGAUUCCUUUUGUGAUCGCCAUCGAAGGCGUCUCUUUGGCUAGUACUUACAAAGCAUUCCGGUUUGAACAGUGGACUGAGCUGGCGCACACUAUGUUCAGCGUGGUGCUGGGGGCAACGAUUGCAUUCCUUAUGGAAAUUUCAGAGUUUCUUCUCAUCAUGGUCACAUCAAGUCUGACACUCUCCAUUGCAGGAAUAUUCAAGGAGGCCUGCACAUUCAUUCUUGCAGUUACUUUGAAGGGCGACCAAAUGUCGCCAAUCAAUGCCUUGGGGCUGGUUAUCUGCCUCGGUGGAAUUCUAGUCCAUGUGCUAAACAAAGCUGUCACGCCAGUGAAGCCUGAUAGUGCGGAGGAGCAAGUGUUGUACUCGAAAGACGAAAUGAAAGUGCCUCUGCUGGAUGUCGGCAGAGGGGUGUUGUUGCUAGAGGACGCGACUGGGAUCAGUGACCUAAUCACCACUGACGAUGAGGAGGAAGAUGUCAUAUUUAAUGUGGUCAACAGGCGUGAAAUGUCUAUGAGCUGAGACGAAAGUGAUGCAAGGUUAGAUUAGAAACUAAAUCCCACAAAAUAACAAAUAAUAUUAUUUGUUAUUAUGCAACCACAGGUCUUGAGAAAAAUGUUGGCCAGUAGACUUUUAUUUUGCUAAGCCUUCAUUUGCCAAUAAUUCAUUCCACUCUGUGAGCACGUUCCUGUUACAUGGCGUCUGUGAAGAACUAAACUAUCAAUGAAAUAACUUGUUUAUUUUAUCUUGAGUUUAAGGGUUGCAUCAUUAGUUAUCUUUGAUGGGAUUUAGACUUACCAAUGUUCACAGUUUAUUAGUUCUAUCCAUGACUGAAACCAAAUGAAGAGUAUUUAUUGUAAGUGCCGUCUGUGCCUUGGGCAUGUAAUGACCAAAACAUUGCAUUUCAUCCUUCGAAUCAUUCCUUGUGCUAAAUACCCAAAAUACAACUAAUUUCAAAAUGAUAACUAAGCCUUGCUUUGAAUUGUUAUUAAAUAAUCAAAUUUUGUUUGUUAAAUGUACUUUAUUUUAAUAAAAUGAAAAUUACAUUCUCAA